UUGACAACAUUGAACAUGGCUGACUGGGAAGAAGUGAAACGUCUGGCUGCUGAUUUUCAGCUUGCACAGUUAAGCAGCACAAAACAAAAGUUAUCAGAAAGAAAUGUGAUUGAAAUAGUUGCAAAGUUAGUGGAACAGAAGCUGAUAGAAGUUAUCCACACCUUGGAUGGCAAGGAAUAUCUAACUUAUCAGGAGCUAGCCAAGGAAAUUCAAGAUGAACUUUUUGUUCAUGGAGGAAGAAUCAAUUUGGUUGAUCUGCAGCAGAUUUUAAAUGUGGAUUUUCGACAUAUUGAGGAUAAAGUGACAGAGAUGGUGAAGCAGGACAAGAGUUUGAUGCUGGUUCUUGGACAGCUUGUGGAUAAGAACUAUCUGGACAGUAUGGCUGAGGAAGUAAAUGAUAAACUCCAGGACAAAGGUUAUCUAACGAUGGUGGACAUCACAAAACAAUACGAUCUACCCGCUGAUUUUGUGUCCUCACAUAUCAGGGAACGGAUAGGAAAGAUCAUUAAAGGGAAGCUAGACUCUCAGGACAGGGAUGUUAUAUACACUGCAGCGUUUGUUACCAGGAUGAAAUGUCAGAUCAGGGGAGCUCUCAGUGCUGUCACCAGACCGACAACUGUAGCAGUAGUGAUGCAGCGAUAUGGAUUCCAGGAAAGACUCUUCUUCUCUAUCCUAGAGGAGAUGGUUCAUACUGGUCAGUUAAAAGGCAGCUUGGUUGGCAGGCAAGAGAAGAUGAUGUAUAUCCCCGAUAUCUACACCAGAGCUCAGAAUGAAUGGGUGGACAGCUUCUACAGGCAAAAUGGCUAUCUUGAAUAUGACACCUUGAUACGACUGGGAAUCUCUGAUCCUAAAACCUUCAUCAAGAAGCACUUCAAGUCGGAGCCCAUCGUCUACCUGAAGCGAGUGUGUGUGGGGAGUGGUCUUAUUGACCAGACGGAAGCCUCUAUAGAGGAGGCAAUGAGCACUGAUGGAUAUGCAGAUGUCACGCCUUUUUUGCCGUCCAUUUUCUCUGAGGAGGACUGCCACCUUCUCCUCCAAGAGUGUGUCAAGAAGCAGACAGAUGCCAUUAUCUGCUGUGAUACCAUAGUAACCAGCCAGAAGUACAUCUCUAAGUGGAAGCAGCCAUUUGCUUCACUGGUCCAGAAGAAAGCAGAGAAGGAUGCUAGAAGCAAUCCCCAACUGUUCCUCGGAAUGGAGAAGAAGGGAGGAGGGGCAUCUAAGUCCUCCAUGUUGGAUGAUGGGUCGAAGGAGGAUCGGAGGGACCAGAGGAAGAAGAAACAAGCAGAGUUAUCUCCCUCUUGGCUGAUAGAGGUUGCACCAGGUUGUUACCAAAUGGUGGUGAAAGGUUCCACAAAAAGUGGUGGUGGGACCCAAGGUCGAGAGGUCAAGAUGAAGUCUACCAAGAAGAAAUACAUGAAGGGUAAAGGCGACCAGGGAGGGGACUCCGAUGAAGAGGAAGUGUCAAGGUCCCGCGGGGCGGAGAUACAAUUCAUGUCUGUGGAGGAAAUGGUGGAGGAGCUGAAGAAACAGCCAGAACUCAGAGACUGCCCUGAGGACUUUAUUACAGAAAUUGCUACACAAAUACACAGGCCCCUUAGCAGAGAGUAUCAGGAGAAAGCUGUGGAGGUUCUGCGAUCUACAGCUGUCCAGGGCUCUGGGUCAGGGAAGAGGAAGACCCACAGUGACCUGCAGGAGAGGCUCUCUGGUCUGUGGACCAAUGUUCUUCUGUUUGAGAAAGGAGCCAAGCUUUUCCCAGAGGAAACAGAGGCAAUCCUGACUAAACACCUCCUGAAGACAGUGUGUAGUGACAUCACCAACAUCGUGGUCAAUGUUCUGGGGCAUGAACACAUGCUGUCCAACUCAGAGGAGGAGGAGAACUUCACCCCGGAGUCACGGCUCAAGAUGAUCGGUAAACUGCCAGAGAGCGUUCAACAAAUCGUGGCCAAGCUGAACAGCUCUCUAAAUGGCAAGUCCUUAGAAGACUUUUACAAGCAGUUAGAAGCACUGUGUGGCCCACAACAUCUUGGGAUUCUUCUACGGAAACCUGAUAAAAGGAAGGAAAGACAGCUGAUAUUCAACCAUCGUCAGGCCCUCCUAGAACAGCUGUCUCAGGAGACGGACGCCGCCAUGCUUCUACACCUGUCGGUGGUUGUUCUGUUCCAGACCUUCACGUCCAAUAUAGUUCAUGCCCCCGGCAAAUGUGUUCCCCAAAUUGUCACCUUUCUCCAACCAUAUCUACCACCCGAGCAACAUGAUCUACUAACACGCAUGCAGGACCUUGUGAUACAACAGAUGAAGUUACAGAGUGAGGACAAAGAUGGGUCAGAGGUCAUGGCUGAAAUGGACAAAUUAAAACCUCAGGUCGUAGACAUGGCUACCAAGACAAAGAAAACAUCACCGAAACAGGAGGAAGAAAAGUGAAAAAAUUACAAACAAGAAUUUGAAAAUGUGAUAGAAUAAUUACCUGGUGAAGGGACGAAAUAUCACACCAGUGAGGAGGCUAUGGGAAAACAUUAUUCAGGAAUAGAUUUGAUAGAACUUGUUGUAAUAAGUGUAGAUAAUGAGUUGUUGAAGUAUUAUUUCUCAUAUUUAUUGUGCAUCUUAAGUUUCCUUUGUGACGACUUUCACUUAUAAAUUACAAUACAUCUGCUGAA